AUGGCCGCCCGCAAUGUUGCUUCCCCCGCUCCAUAUGGCGCCGCUCGGGCAUCAGCAGUAAACAAUCCGGACACAGAGUAUCUUCCCAUAUCCACGAACGGACAGUCGGCCCAAACACGGCAGAAGCUCGAGCGGGCCGACCCUUCAUACAUGUCCAGGGUGUCGACGAACUCUGUCCCGCCGCCAGGCUCAAUCUUAACGGGCAAGCAAGAGCACUACCUCAAGCGGGAGUUGAUCUCGCAGCAGGUCAGGUUUGAGAUCGCCGAACUCAACUCGCCCACGGCGCUCCAGCGAUUCGGCGCACCGUUCCGGUCGGAUAAGGGCGAGGUGCCGCCGGAGGAAUCCGAGCUCCCCAUCCUACGCUACAUCUUCGUCCAUCAUGUCCGCAACUUUCCAUUCCUGGACAAGGCGAAAGAGAAGGAGUUCUGGCAGGAUAAGCUGCAAGUCUUCCUCGAGUCGUUCGCCAACAAACAUAUAUCUGGAUCCGAAGACAGGCUUGAGGAGACAAAGCGGCGGAAACUUGCCACCAAGGCCGAGAAGCUGGUGGAGCUGAUGAUGGUAUCUGGUCUGCCCACGGCGUCUGGCUAUGAAGAACGGAUACGCUUCUCCGAGAUGGAGGUUGUCGACCGCGGCGCAGAUGAGAACGGACUUACCGCCAAUGUUCCCCAAGGACAUGAGAUCAACGGCUGGGACGUCAACGUUGCGAGCGUGCGCACUACAUCCGUAAAGAGGCAUAUGAGGUAUCAUCAACACGCAGAAUUCAUACUUAGAGUAAAGCGGGCGGGUCAACCCGAAAUAUUCGUGGGCCGGCGAUACCGCGACUUUGCGCAAUUGCAUAAGAGGAUACGCCUCGAGCUGCCGGGCAAGGUGCUCCCUCCGCUACCCAGGAAGAACAAGAAGGACGCUACGCUGGACGUUGAAGUUAGUGACGCGGACUCUAUCUCGUCGCAGUCCACGCAAGAAAACCUGGUUAUACCGGACCCGUAUGAGGGUGGUGGAGGCGGUGGAGGACUUCGCAGCUACCUACCCUUCGGUCGAAGCCACAAGCGCAACAGCUCAGCACACUCUCUCGGCAAGACGCACUCGCCGCGCGCUUCCGUAGAUUUCUCAGCAUACCAAGAAACCACUGUACUCUUCCGUGAGGAGCAGCGAGUCUCUCUCCGGGCCUUCCUUCGGAACUUCCUCAAGAAUGAGAAAAUUGCAGAGUCCAAGUCCAUGGAGGACUUCCUUACCAGAGACCCAGUGAAGCUGAAUGAGGAGGAGAAGCUUGAUAUCGAGCGUCGAGAGGAGCUAGACAAGAAGCGUCUCGAGGAGCAAAGGCAGUUUUACGAGAUCGCAAGGAAACGGGCAAGAGAGCUAGAUGUGCACAUGGAGAAGUUCAGACGAGAGAUCGUCGAGGCCAACGGGUUGUCCAAACUAUUCCAGGAAAUCCGCGAGAAGAACACCAUCGCUGAGCUUCGGCCCGAGUACCAAAAGUUCGCUGAGUGGCUCCGGAUAGAAGUUGCCGCUACUAUCUACCACCUGUUCCUCGCAGAAGACAAUUCGCCAGACCUGUUUGCCCAGGCAAAGCGAAUACACUCCAUGGUUCCCUACACGGUGCUCAAGAACGUUAUCCGCAUCGCCAAUCCAGCAGCCGUCAUGGCUGGCGUGCUGGAUCUGUUCCUUGCACAGCCAUUCGGCUCGAAGUCGCUCAUGCAGCGGAUCUUUGGCAUGGCAAUCAACGAUGGUAUCUAUCAAGGCCGGAAAGCUAUCGAAACUCUAGCGACUACCAAAAUCAAGGACCCCAUUCUGUGCGACAAGAUCAAAGCCUACACCGAGUCCAGCCAAGAGAUCAAGGACGCAUUACGAGAGGAAGCCGAAGCGGAACAAGUCGAUCUCGUAGUCGUGAUCCUCCGAUCGGAUUACUUCAAGCCUGAACUCACACCCGAGCAAAUCGGCCGCGUCUUCAACGCCUACGUUGCCUGGAACAACGCCGUCGACGAAGAAAUGCGCCAAGGCGCCACCCUCUUCGCACAUCUCAAGCAGCUGCUCAAGCUACACCUCCGCCUGCGCGACAAGCAAAUGAUGCUCGCAAUGAUCGAAGAGCCUACAACCCUGCAACUCUUCCGCGACCUCUUCACCAUCUUCUACGAGCCCCUCGUGCGCGUCUACAAGUCCGCAAACGUGUACAACUCCAUCACCGACUUCGCCGUCUUUGUCGACGACAUGAUCAAGGUCGUUGAAGCGGCCCAGCGCCAGGACGUCUCCGCCGACCCGAACCAGACGGUGCAGGCGUUCAUUGACCUCUGUGCGAGACACGAGGAUGCGUUCUAUCGGUUUGUGCAUGAGGUGCAUAUUCAUGACAAUGGGCUUUUCGACCAGUUGAUGGGGUGGUUGGAGGGGAUUCUUGAGUUUCUGAGGAAGGGGCCAAGAAGCGGCGCGAUGCUGGAUAUGAAUGCGUUGUUUCAAGGCGCGCUGGACGUCGGGACUAUUGAGAAGAGGACGGCGGUUAGGGAGAUCAAUUCGCUGGUGAGGUGGCAGGCGGCGCGCAAGAAGUGGCACCACGACAAGACGAGGCAGAAGAUGGCGAGCGGCGGGGAGGGCUCAGGAGGGAAGGGGUUGGGAGUUAAUGGAUUUAGGAGUAGCGAUUUUGGGCUUAAUGAGCUCGACCUCCAAGACCUCGAACUCGACGACUCCGAUCUCGAUGCCGACGAAGAGGCUGACGACUCUGACCUCGAUGACGAGGAGGCUGCGGACCCGAUCGGCGCGGAGAGGAAGCGCCGCCAGCGCGCCCGGGAAGCCCUCACGCGCAGGGCGGGCGAGCCGCCCAAGCCGGAGAUCAGGGAGUUGAAGAAACUGCAUCCAGGCUUUGUGGCCAUGCUCAAGAGUGUGUUGGCGGAGUAA